CCCGGAAACUAGCGGUCGCCGUGCGAACAGGGGACCGUCGCCAUGCCGGCGGCGAGGAUCGGUGGGGAGGAGGCCGCCGUGGAAUCUCGGGCGGGCGCGCUCGGCUCACGCAACUGGGGGGCAUGGGUUCCCCGGAGGUUCCAGUUCCCUGGGUGGCCCAGCACACGUAUCGGUUGCAUUUGGGGAUUAUUAUUCACUUAUUCCCCUUUUGUUUUUGCAAGAAGGAGAUGAACAGAUGCUGGGGAUUUCGCGAAAGGGAGAGAUGGUGAUGAAGAUUGAAGAAUGCGGGGGAAGGGUAGGGAUUCGUGAAAGGCACCGGGAAGAUGUGAGGGGAGGGAGGAAAAGAAGGUGCCCUUUUGGCUUGGCUUGCAUCUUCAUGGCCAAGCCGACCCAAUCACUCGCACCAAAGUUUGGCAGGCAGCUUCUCCACUCGUCCUGAUCUGAUCUUUGCAUAUCAUAUCAUGGGCGGAGGAUUAGCCCCCCGGCAAGUUGCGGAUUGGAUCUUUCCCAGUUUGACCUGGCACAAUCCGUUCCUGAUUUUCUUCCUCUCUCUCUUCUCUCCUCUGUGUGUGUCUUCCAUUUUGAAGGAAAUCCACUCAUGACCCCGUGAUGCUUAAGUUCAAAAAAAAAAAAAAGAGAACCCAAGAUGCAAUCCACAAGGGCUGAGAAAUGCAAUCCACAAGGGCCCAUCUUCUCGUGCGAGAGAGAGCGCAUGAUCCAAUCCACAACCCCAUCCUUUUAAGUAGGCCCAUUUUCCCGCUAUAGCAAAAUGAGAAAGAUCAUGGGCCAAGAACUGCAAACACUACGGGUUUUCAGCCCAUUUGAAGCCCAACCCAGUUAAACAAAGUCAGUUAGUCCUACGCGGGCGACGAACGAAAGCCCAACCCACGUCCCACUCGUCCAGUCCUCCCCGAAGCCGGCGGCGGCGGACGAAGCAGCGGCAGUCGGCAGGCCAUGGCGUCGUCGUCGACCCCGGCGGCCGUCCGCGAGAUGCAGAAGGAUCUCGAGAUCCAGGCUAACGCCCUCAGCAAGAUCCAGAAAGAUAUCGCAAAGAACCACCAGGUCCGCAAGCAGUACACCAUCCAGGUCGGCGAGAACGAGCUCGUCCUCAAGGAGUUGGAGCUACUGAAUGAUGGGGCGAACGUGUACAAGCUCAUCGGACCGGUGCUCGUCAAGCAGGACCUUGCGGAGGCCAAGGCCAACGUCAAGAAGCGCAUCGAGUACAUCUCGGCAGAGCUGAAGCGGAUGGACCGGGCACUGAAGGAUUUGGAAGACAAGCAGAACAGCAAGAAGGAAUCAAUAUUCAAGUUGCAACAGAGGAUGCAGGCUGUGCAAGCUAAGGCUUAGACACCUGCUUGCUGAAUGCAACUAGUCCAAGCCUUCCUGCAAUCACCCAUCCCAAUACCAUCCAGUUUUUUGUGUGGACUUAGGUGUCCAGUGUUCUGGUCUCUGAAACGAAAGAUUGGUUAUGCCUGUAUUCAUGAUGUUUAUGUGAGAUUGAAACGUUCUUGACGUCUAUGUAGCAAAGAAUGUUAUCUGGAUGCUCUGAUGUAAAAGCCGGUCACUAGAUUGAAGGUGUAUGGUAAGCCUGUAGUGGUUUCCUUGGUUGAGCUUAUUGGUGGGCCAUUGCAUUUUGUGCCAUUUUUCCUUCUCUGGACUGAAUGCUUCUGAAAGAGGAAUGUUAGUCACGGUAUUUCAGCUCUUUCUGUAAAUUAAGCUGCACGAUCAUUUUCCCGCUUGAAUUAAUCGUGUUGAAGAGCC